AACGGGAAAAGAAUGUGAAUGAGAACGCGAGGCAAUCGCUGUACAAGACAGGCGGCGAAAAGAAAUAUGAACCAUGUCCGAGAUGGAGGAAUCUCGGCCUCACGUCUCCAUUGAAGCGGAGGAAAAGAAACGCAGUAAGAGCUCUGGAGAGGAGAAGUGUGAUGGAAUACAGAAGAGAAAGCGGGGAGCAGGAGCCAAAGGAAAGAUGAAAGCAGAAUUCUCUGCGUCCUCUUUACCUGGGCGCCUGUCAUCCCAGAAAAUUAAGACCCCAGCAGGAUCAAUGCCAUUGGACGCUUUCAGUGAGAGUUCAUCUGAGAGUGAGGAGGAGGAGGAGCAGCCGGAGCGCCGUCAGGAGAGUAACACAGACCUGCCUUCUGAAUAUUGGCAGAUCCAGAAACUGGUGAAGUACCUCAAGGGAGGCGACCAGACGGCCACUGUUCUCACUCUGUGCGCCAUGAUGGACUUUAAUUUGAUGCAGGAGACGUGCCAACUGGCCAUCCGGGACGUAGGUGGCCUUGAAGUCCUCAUUAACUUGCUGGAUACAGAUGAAGUCAAAUGCAAAAUUGGCUCCCUUAAAAUCCUGAGGAAGAUAAGUCACAACGUGCAAAUCCGUCGAGCCAUUGUAGACAUGGGAGGCCUGCAGAGCAUCGUGAGGAUUCUGGACUCCCCAGUGAAGGACCUCAAGGCCUUGGCAGCCGAGACCAUCUCUAACGUGGCCAGGUUCCGACGAGCAAGGAGAACCGUCAGGCAGUAUGGCGGUAUCAAAAAACUGGUGAAGCUGCUGGACUGUGUUCCGAAUUUAGCCAGCCUGAGUGCAAACCAGGAGAAGGAUGUGGAGGUGGCUCGCUGCGGUGCCCUGGCACUGUGGAGCUGCAGCAAGAGCACCAAGAACAAGGAGGCCAUCCGGAAGGCUGGGGGCAUCCCUCUGCUGGGACGCCUGCUCAAGUCUCCACACGAGAACAUGCUCAUUCCUGUGGUGGGCACCCUGCAGGAGUGUGCCUCAGAGGAAAGCUACAGGAUUGCCAUUCAGACCGAAGGCAUGAUCAAGGAUUUGGUUAAAAACCUAAGCAGUGACAAUGAUGAGCUCCAAAUGCAUUGUGCCAGUGCAAUCUUCAAGUGUGCAGAAGGCAAACAAACUCGUGACCUGGUGCGUGAGUACAAAGGUCUGCAGCCGCUGGCCUCUCUGCUGAGCAAGGCGUCCAACAAGCAGCUGCUGGCCGCCGCCACCGGAGCCAUCUGGAAGUGUUCCAUCAGCAUGGAGAAUGUGGCUAAGUUUCAGGAGUACAAAGCCCUGGAGACCCUGGUUGGCCUGCUGACAGAUCAGCCUGAAGAAGUUCUGGUAAAUGUAGUGGGAGCUGUUGGAGAAUUCGCCCGGAUAGCUGCUAACAAGGCCAUCAUCCGCAAGUGUGGAGGCAUCAAAUCGCUUGUGAAUCUGCUCACUGGAACUAAUCAGGCGCUGCUUGUGAAUGUAACCAACGCAGUGGGUGCCUGUGCUACGGAUAUGGAUAACAUGGCAAUCAUCGACCAGCUUGAUGGAGUCCGCCUGGUGUGGUCCCUAUUGAAAAACCCCAGUGCAGAAGUGCAAUCCAGCGCUGCAUGGGCCCUUUGUCCAUGCAUUAACAAUGCAAAGGAUGCAGGGGAAAUGGUGCGCUCCCUCGUCGGUGGAUUGGAACUGAUUGUUAAUUUGCUGAAGUCAACAAACAACGAGGUGCUGGCAAGCAUCUGCGCCGCCAUCGCCAAAAUAGCCAAAGACAAGGAGAACCUGGCAGUCCUUACGGAUCACGGGGUCGUCCCGCUGCUCGCCAAGCAGACUAACACGACUGAUGACAGGCUCCGUCGCCACCUUGCUGAGGCCAUUGGUCACUGCUGCAUGUGGGGCAGCAACAGGGCGUCUUUCGGUGAUGCUGGCGCCGUGGCCCCCCUGGUGCGUUACCUCAAGUCAAAAGACAAGGAAGUCCACCAGAGCACGGCUAUGGCCCUUUACCAGCUGUCCAAAGACCCCAACAAUUGCAUCACCAUGCACGAGAAAGGGGUGGUCAAGCCACUCAUCCACAUCAUGGGCUCUGAUGAAGAUAUGCUCCAGGAGGCUGCUGCUGGCUGCGUGCGCAACAUCCGACUCCUGGCCCUGGCUAAUAGGAAGGCUGUGUUAUUUCAUUGACAUUAGAUGAUCACAGCAUCCCUGGAAAUCUAACAGGGACUGCUCAAAAAACUACCUAAGAAUCUGUCUGGUUGUACCUUAUUUUACUUACCUUCAAAUAAAAUGUAUAACAACUACCACAAGUGUUGAAUAUGUUAUAUGUGACAAAGGUUUCAA